AGGACUACGACUCCGCUGAAACCUAUCGAGCAUCAAGAAAUAUAAAGGAAUUAACGAACCCCCUUCCCUUUUGGAUACUGGAUAUAGCUAUUUUUAAAGUUGCUUUGUUACGGAAAGUGUUGACACCAAAGUAGACGAGAAACGACAUUUUAAAUCCUUGUUGAGAGGGGCUCCAACUUGGUCGAAGCGUCAAAUGCUGUAACUGAAACGGAAGUGACUUGCCAGCUGUCUGUCUGGCUAAGCUUGCUAGUGUCUGAAUGCCAUCUCUGUGGGUGAUGGAGUUGAGCAGGCAACUCUGCGGGAAGAUGAGGAGAUCUACCAGGAAGGCCCAACUCUCCUCCUCUCCUACUUCCUCCUGGGGCCUGGAGAUCCACUUUUACACAUUGGAAAUACGCCAGCUCGAGUUCUUCAAAGGAUGCUACACUGCGGAGGAGCUCUGUGUGGAAGCCGCCAAGAAAUGCUCAAUCUCUCCUUUGUGCCAUAACCUGUUUUCCCUCUACAAUGAGACGACAGGCAUGUGGUAUCCUCCCAACUACGAGUUCAAGAUCACAGAUGAGACCAGUUUGAAGCUGCACUAUCGAAUGAGGUUUUAUUUCAGAAACUGGCACGGCACCUCAGAAGGAGAGUCUCCUGUUUGGAGACACUGCAUCAACAAACUUAGAGGAGGCCUUAGUUCACAGAGAACCCCUGAAGGAACACCCCUGCUGGACGCUGCAUCGCUGGAUUACCUUUUUGCCCAGGGCCAGCAUGACUUUCAGACAGGCGUGGUUCCACUGAGAAUGUCCCAGUGUGAGGCAGAGCAGCACGAGAUAGAAAAUGAGUGUUUGGGCAUGGCUGUGCUUGCCAUCACCCACUAUGCCAUGAACAUGGAUAUGCCCCUGCCAACUGCUUCUCAGGAAAUCAACUAUAAACGUUUCAUCCCAGAGAUGCUGAAAAGUAACAUCAAGAAGCGCAACAUCCUUACGCGCAUCCGCAUCAACAACGUCUUCAAGAAAUUCCUCAGUGAAUUCAACCGCCGCACAGUCAAGGACAGCAACAUCACACUGUACGACCUGAAGAUUAAGUACCUUGCCACACUGGAGGGUCUGACCAGCGGCCUGGGCAGUGAGCUGCUAGAGCCUGUCUCGCUUAGUGUAACGCAGGAAGGAGACCUCUGCAAUGGAGGAUACAAUGGUUACAACAUCCCGAGCCAGACUCAGAGCCAGACUCAGACCUUAGAGACAAGCCGUGACAUGCAGGUCCUAGUCACUGGUACUAAUGGCAUUUCCUGGAGGAAGAAGCCGGUUGCAAUUGUGAUCGCCAAAGAAAAGGGCAAGCCAAAGAAGAUCAAGCCGGAUGGAAAAAAUAAAAAGAAAGAGAUAGAUGAAGGCUGGGUAGUGUUCUGUGACUUCCAUGAGAUCACACACACCGUCAUCAAAGAGUCAACAGUCACCAUCUAUAGACAAGACAACAAGAGGAUGGAGCUCCAAAUGGCUUCUCAAGAUGGGGCUCUGUCCUUUGCAGCCCUUGUGGACGGAUACUUCAGGCUGACAGUGGACGCCCAUCACUACCUGUGCAAAGAGGUGGCGCCAGCUUCAGUGGUGCACAACAUCAAUAACGGCUGCCAUGGACCCAUCUGUACGGAGUACGCCAUCCACAAGCUGCGUCAGGAGGGCAACGAGGAGGGCACGUACAUCCUGCGCUGGAGCUGCACUGACUACCAGUACAUCAUUAUCACUGUGGUCUGCAGUGAGGAAGACCUCAAGGAGUCUCGUACUGUGCGACAGUAUAAAAACUUCCAGAUUGAAGUGGGUUCCGAAGGUUUCCGGCUGUACGGCACAGACACGCUGCGCCUCACUCUCAGGGAGCUGCUGGAGCACCUGGAGGGCCAGAGCCUUCGAGCUGACAAUCUCCAGUUCCAGCUGCUCCACUGCUGCCCUCCACAGCCUAGAGAGGUUUCCAACCUGCUGGUGGUCACUAAAGAUAGAGCACCAGCCCCUCAGACACACAUGCAGGAGAGCCAGCUCAGCUUCCAUCGCAUUCUGAAGGAGGAGAUUGAACAGGAGGAGCACCUCGGCCGUGGCACAAGAACUAACAUCUACUCGGGCACACUGAGGGUAAAGAGUGAGGAGGAGGAAGAUGCAGGUUACUCAUCCUUCCAGGAGGUCAAGGUGGUCCUCAAAGUACUGGGUUCUGGACACAGAGACAUUUCCCUGGCCUUCUUUGAAACAGCAAGUAUGAUGCGUCAAGUGUCCCAUAAACACAUAGUGCUGCUCUAUGGAGUGUGUGUCCGCCAGCAGGAGAAUAUCAUGGUGGAGGAGUUUGUUCAACUAGGACCACUGGAUCUGUUUAUGAGGAGACAGCAGAGUCCACUUAGUACACCAUGGAAGUUCCAGGUGGCCAAGCAGCUGGCCUCAGCUCUCAGCUACUUGGAGGACAAAAAGUUGGUGCAUGGCUUUGUGUGUGCUAAGAACAUCCUCCUGGCCAGGGACGGACUGGCCACUGAUGAAGGAGGGCCUUUCAUCAAGCUCAGCGACCCAGGAAUACCAAUCACCGUACUCACCAGAGAAGAGUGUGUGCAUCGUAUCCCGUGGAUUGCUCCGGAGUGUGUGUCGAGUGCGUCUUCCCUGAGCAUUGCAGCUGACAAGUGGGGCUUCGGUACCACCCUGUGGGAGAUCUGCUAUGAUGGAGAAGUCCCUCUCAAAGAAAAGAAGCUCACAGAGAAGGAGAGGUUUUAUGAAACAGAAUGCCAAUUGGCCACCCCGGACUGCAGAGAGCUGGCUGAACUGAUGACCCACUGCAUGAACUACGACCCGAAGAAAAGACCUUUCUUCAGGGCUAUUGUCAGAGAGAUAAACAAGCUAGAGGAACAAAACCCAUCAAUCAAACCCCAGCCGACACCAGAGGUGGACCCAACAGUGUUUGAAAAGAGAUUUCUGAAAAAGAUCAGGGAUCUGGGAGAGGGCCACUUUGGUAAGGUGGAGCUGUGUCGCUAUGAUCCUCGGGGAGAUAAAACUGGUGAGCUGGUGGCCGUGAAGUCGCUCAAGCCUGAGAACCGAGAAGAGCAGAGCAACAACCUCGCCACUGAGAUUGACAUCCUAAAGGCCCUCUACCAUGAAAACAUUGUCAAAUACAAGGGCAUCUGCCAGGAGGAAGGCGGUCAGGCUAUUAAGCUGAUCAUGGAGUACCUUCCACUGGGUAGUUUGAAGGAGUACCUGCCCAGGAACAAGAGCAAGAUCAGCCUCAGCACCCUGCUCAGCUAUUCUAUCCAGAUAUGCCAGGGAAUGGAUUAUCUGGGAUCUCGAAAUUACAUCCAUCGGGACCUGGCUGCCCGAAACGUGCUUGUGGAGAACGAAAGGACGGUGAAGAUCGGCGAUUUCGGCCUCACCAAGAGCAUUAAAGACAACGAAGGUUAUUACACCGUCAAAGACGACCACGACAGCCCCGUUUUCUGGUAUGCUCCAGAGUGCCUGACUCUUUGUAAGUUCUACCUUGCCUCUGAUGUUUGGUCCUUCGGGGUAACGAUGUAUGAACUCAUCACCUAUUGCGAGUCCUCCAAGAGCCCGAUGACGCUGUUCCUUCGUAUGAUUGGCCCGACCCAAGGUCAGAUGACGGUCAUCCGACUGGUGAACGUGCUGGCAGAAGGAAAGAGGUUGCCACGCCCUGAUGGGUGUCUUGACCCUGUGUAUGACCUGAUGCGGAAGUGCUGGGAGCAAAAUCAUGAGAGGAGAAUCACCUUUAAGCGCCUGAUCGAGGAUCUGACCAACCUCCAGCGACAGCUCCAACCACAUUACGACCUUUAACCCUUCAACUGUUUGAGGCUCUGUGAGUGAAGUUGUGUGCAGACUUGGGACCAGAUGCAGGUGGAAAAAACUGUGCUGGAUCAGCAUCUGCUUCAGCAGCUUCAUUCUACCGAGAGACAGUCCUCACACCAAGCAAUCCUCCUUCACACUUAGAUAUAAACUUUCCACAACCAUGGCAUAAAGAUUUAUAGUCAUAAUCUCCUAAGUCUACCAUAUUUUUAACAUUGUUAUUUGUUGUUGCUUUCAUAUUUGGUAUUUUAUUCUAAUAUUUCCCAAUCUGAUUAUUUUGGAUGAAUACAGUAAAUAAUGUCAAUUUUUUUAGCCUGCUCAUGCUUAAUGUGAUCUUAUAUCUUACAAAAGGACUUCCAAGUGCAUCCAACUGACUGACUGUGAGUCACAUGCAUUCAUCACUCUUACAGUGCUUCGAAGGCCUUAACUUUUAUGAGGACUGAUAUUGUUAUUGCAGAAGGAAGCUUAAAAGAAGGAACUGUGUAAUGCUCACUUCCACACAUUUGAACAUUUGAGCAUCGAUCUUGGAUCUCUGUCAUUGUGACAGAAAAUACCACAGAUGAAGUGGACCACAGAAAAAUUAUUGUUUAGGAUUGCAAGGAUGGAUGGUGAGAAGAAAAAGGAACAUGGAUACUGAAGAUGGGGAUUUCAGAAUUUUCUGCCACCGCUUUUCGUUUCAGACAUAACUGUUUGAGGGGAAAACCAGCUGACUGCUGUGUUUUUCUGACAAGGGAGCCAUGUAGUGAUCUGUGACCAAGCAGAUUUUUUGUUAAUGAUGUGCAAAUGAGAAUUAUCAUUAAAUCCAAGCCAACAAUCAGUCAGCCAUUUUCUUCCACUGCAUUGUUGACUUUGUUUAAAUCUGUAAUAAAUGCCUGCCUUUCUCACAACACAAAACAGUGCUUGUUUAAACCUACAUUUGCACAUGAACAGAAAAUCUGUGGGUUUUUUUGUUCUUUUUUCCCCUUUACGGAUUUUUGGUUCUGUAAUCAUGUUUCAUAAUUCAAAGAGGCAUCGAUGUCUUCAAAUCACCAGGAACAGAUGAUAUACUGUAUGUUCCAAAAAGAUGUUUGUUUUAAAUCACAUAUUUUGCACUGUAUACAAAGAUUUAAAAAGGUCCUGUGUUUGUGUGAGUUGGGUCAGCUUAUACUCUAUAUACUAUGAUUGAGUGUUUGGUUAUAAAAAGAACUUUUUAAAAGGAGCCUAUGUAAUCUGUCCUUGAACAUACAGCAAUUGUUCAAAAUGUAAUUUGAGGAGAGAUUAGAUGAAGUACCUGUGAGACACACCAGAGGGCAGUAUAGUAACUUCAUUUAUCCUUUCCUUUAAAUUUUGUAGCCUGAAAUUUAAGUUCAGGUCUGUAAGAGCCACAUACUCAAUCACUUGACUAUACACUCUAUACAUUAUAUUGCAAGAGAAAGAGCCAAUUGCCAUUGUUGCAGAAUUGAUUGUGAAAGGACUUUGGAUUACACACAGGGUUUGAAGUGAGAAUGAUUACUCACAUCACUGAUUACAUGGCAUUGUUGUCUUGUUUUUUUCAGUUAAGUUCUUAAAAAUAUUUUCUUCUACAGAAUUAUUAAUACUUAUGCCUGUGUAUUUUAUCUGUGACUUUGUUUUUGUUAAUUCUCCUCCAGUAUGCUAGCAUAUUUCUAAAAGUGUAUUUUACCUAUGUAUAUCAGAGAUAUGUUUUGAGCAGAGGGUUUUUUCUGUUUUUAAAACAUCAUAUAACCCUAAUAUCAUCUUCAUUUACAUAUUAUCCAGACUUUUGGAAAUGGUCAGUUCUACUCUAAACCCAGUUGAUCAAGGCAUUUGGCUGCCCACCUAGAGCCCGCUUCUAUUCUAGAGUUCUUCCCAUCACUCACUGCAGUCAUCAAGUGAGUGAUCAUGGGAGGAAGUUAGGUCUCUUUAAAUGAAAGCGGCAGGUCAUGACCUCCUCCAUAUGAAAAUAGUCAUGAGAUAACUUGUUGUAAUUUGGCACCAUAUCAUAUAAAUAGAUUUGACAUACUCUGCAACUGUAUGGCUUUUACUGUGAAUGUCAACUUUUAAUAAAAAAAAAAAUAGAAAUAAAAGAAGGACUUUAAAAAGACGACAAACUUGCGCUUCAGUCCACAUUUUAUUUAGGAAUGUAAAAGACAAUUCCUUCUGCUCAAAAUAACAGGAAAGAAAUAUAUAUUUUUCAAAAAAUAAGAUGAAAGUAUGACUUAUGGAAGGUAAAGUAUCCAUAAAUACACAAUGAAAAAAUAAAUAAAGUUAAUGUUUGUUGUCUUCUGUCUGUGUCAGUCCAAAUUCAGAAUUUUUAACUACUGAAAACAGUUUGUUUUAUAUAUUACAAUUGUAAGUAGGCAUGCUAAAAUUGCUCUAGAAAUACCUUAUUCACAGUAAAACAAUAUCAAUGUCAGUGUGAUAUAAAAUUUUGUAAAAUCUACAGUAUAUUUCAGGUCAGGGAAAAAAAAAUCCACAUACUUUAAAAGCAAACUGUUUACAAAGCAAUAAGCACAGCAAAUCUAGAUGUAUCUACAGCCAUUAAAAUGUUCCAGAAAAUCAAAUACUUCGGUAUUGCAAAGCUUAGUGAUUACCACAUACGUCCACACAGUCAUUCACUAUUGCAAGUCCAGUCUCACCACUGACAUUGUUUAAUAUGCAGGAUACAUACUGGUACAAUGGUGACACACUGAAGCUCAGAGGAGGCUCCAUUUCCACAAAAACAGAAGAAAAAAAAAAAUCUGGAUUCAAACCUGAUGUGAUUGAGCCGUGUUUGUGUUAUUCAAAACAAACAAAACAUAACAAUCACAACUGCACAAGGCUACAAAGAAGAUUUUUCUGUUUCUAUAUAAAUAAAAACUCUUUCGGAAAAACCUAACUGACAGCAAGAAAAAGAUGACUACAUUUUCAUGUCAAGAUUAUAGUUUCAUAAACAACUGAAUAAUAAAAAAUAAGCUUAGGCUGCAUUUUACACAGCAACAGAACUUCUUUUGAACUUGUGGUGCAACCAACAGGAGUUCAAGAACAUCCUCAGCUUGUGUGUGUGUUACGUGCAGGCUUUGUGCUAUGUUCAUUUUUGGGGAACCGGACCCCCUUUGUGUACAAUCGUCACGAGCAUGUCACGUCUAGGUGGUGGCACAGAGAGGCACAGAAAAGAACAGAUACAACCUUUUCUCAGUCGAUCUAAGAUUACACAACAUUCCCCAAUAAAAAAUAGGGUGUGACAUUCUACAUAAGUAACUAGUUACUGUGACACUGAAUAAAAAAAAUGUUUUCUUCCCAAGUUAUUGAACUAUUUGUAUUUUAUACCAUCAUACUAAAACUGUGGGAGGCAGGUUUAAAUAUAUUGCAACAUCAGUCAAAGUCCAAAAAUGAUACAUCCAUCAAUUGGAAAAUAAGUGAAAUCAGACUACAAAAUGAUUAAUAGCACAACAAUUGAUGCUUUUAGUAUCCACAUAUUAGGAUGGUAGAUAACUGAAGUAGUCCUUUGUUCAAGAAAAACACUACGAUGGAGACUAGAGACUAAAGCUGAUUAUUACAGGCAUAUUAUGACCUGUGAAACCAAGUUUGUAGUUCCCAAAGAAAUGAUCUGACGUCAAAAGUUAGCCACAAGAAAAGACAAAAAUCGUUUGUUUGUUUGUCAAGACUUUCAACACACAUAUGACGCUAGCUACAGUAUGUCCCAAGUUAAAAGGAUGUGAAGGUAUUUCCUUGUAAAGACUGAACGGCUGGUUACUUUUUAGCUCCACAAAACGAAAAGCAUAUUGUGCAUUUAAGUGGCCCUUGUUAAGAUGUUAAGUAGAAAACACCAAUAGUAACCUGAAGCUCCAACCUCACUUUGAUACAGUGAACAAUCACCAAGCAUGGGCAAGAUGAAUGGAAUACAACAGUACUGUGCAAAGGGUUUAGGCAUUUUAGAUGUUAAGAUUGUUAAAGCAAUUCAAUCAGGGAGGUGUCUUUUAGGUCCCAAAUUCAUUCUGCUGCAGGACAGUGACCCCAAACAUACAGCCACAGUUAUACAAAACAAGGAGAACAAGGAGAGGAGGCCUGCGACCGAUGGUAUGGCCCCCGCAGAGCUCUGAUCUCAGCAUCAUGGAGUCAGUCUGUGAUUACAUGAGGAGACAGAAGUCAGCUGAGACACUUAAAUCUACAGCAGAUCUGUGGCAAGUCCUCCAAGAUGUAAGAACAACCUACCUGCCAAGUACCUUGCAAAAAUGUGUUUGAAUGUACCAAAGAUAAUUGAUGCUAAAGAUUUAGGUUUCUUCUGUUUACAUAACUUUGCAUGAAGUUGUUUGAUGAAAAAAACUCUUCAUGACAUUAACUUUUAACAGCAUCCUUAUUUUUAGUGCCUAAAACUUUUGCACAGUACUGUUUAUCUGGAUUUAGAUCUUAGAAUUCUAUAUCAACAUGUUAACAUCUCUGCAAGUACAACCUAAACAUAAGACCCACGCAGAGGAAGACUAGAGUGAUGUACGACAUCACAUGCAACAACCACUACAUCACUCGGGACAAGACUCUGAUUGAACACCAGUAACAGACGACAUCAGCUGUCUAUGAAUCAGACUAACACAGCUCUCACAGAAUGACCAGCGAAAGGACAUCGAUCAGGAGUCCAACUGGAGAAAGAUCAAGGUAGCCAUUCACAUCACAUCUGACGCCAAAGACCAUCC